CAACUACUUGUGAGUUUGAAUCAGAACAGGAGUCAACUAUCUGUGAACAUGAACCAGAACCAACUACUUAUGAAUUCGGACCUGAACCGGAGCAAACUAUCUGUGAACCAGAACCAACUACUUAUGAAUUCGAACCUGAACCGGAAGCAACUACUUGUGAAUUUGAACCUGAAAAGGAGCCAACUAUCUGUGAACCAGUACAAGAACCAGAACCAGAGGAACUUUGUAUUACUCAUGUAUAUGUGACUACUGAAGCUGAAUGUCCUACUUCUCCGAUAGAAACGCCAGAAUUACAUCCUCCUAUUGAAUAUCCGACAGAAGAGCAAGAUUCAGAUCUUUUUGAUGACUAA